GUAGUUAUAGCGUUCCGUAGCGUUAAGUUUAUGUCAGUAGGCGAGUAAAUCGGUAACUUUUAUUGCCCUUGCCUCGUCAUUAACUAGCAUUCGGCCCAAAAUAACCGGAGGACUUACUGUAACGACGAUGAUCCGGUGGUGUCUCGUUUUCAUACAGUAUGUAGCUCUGUGUGGAGCUUUCACCACUUCACAGCCCGCCAAUACAUGGGGUGGCGGAGGAAUAGAUCCAUUUUUCGGGGCCUCAUGGUGGAACCAACCAAACGUGGGUAACAUGUUUCAAACGGCGACACAAAUGCCGGAAAACAAUCCUUUUGUGGCUCCCGUAAACGUGCCGGCUAUCGAGUCACUUGUACCUGCUGAAACCCCGGCACCCGAACCACCAACAUACGAAACGGCUACACCUAUAAAAGUGACUAAACCCGUCAUAAACACCGUGCCGACAGAAUCAUCCAUUUCAUUACAAGAUCUCCUCAGACUUGCUGUUGGAGGAUUAGCUCAACAGGCCAAAGGCGCUACAGAUGUUAUAUCUAGCAUGUUUUCUGGAAGUACGGGUUCUGCGGAUCCAAAACCAAAGGUACCUGAUACAGUAUCAUCUGGUAGCCCUGUAGGUACGCAAAAAUUCGUUACUACGGCUCCACCAGCGAGGAUUCCAAAAGUACAGAUCAAAGAAGUUCCAACAACAAAGUCAAGCACAACAACAACUACUUCUACAACUUCUACUACAACAACAACAACAACACCAAGACCGACAACCACUACCACUACGACAACACUAAGACCAACAACAACAACCAAGGCUCCUGUGGUCUUGAAAACAGACAAGCCAUUAACACAAAUGACGCUUGGUGAAAUACUGAGGUUACAAUCGAAACUGUACCCAGAAACACAACAACCUAUUGAAAAGAAAAGCGGCAGACCGCGUGGUUGUCAUUUCAAAGGUAAAUUCUAUGAGCCUCUUUCUGAAAUUGAGAAAGGACAAACCGGAAAUUGGUGUUAUGGCACGUAUUGCAAUCACGAAGGAACUGUGGUACAUUGGGACGAUCAUAAAUGUACAACAACACAGACUACACCUCCUCCAACACAACCAACCGUGCCAACAGCCCCCGUUACUCAACCAAUGAUUACCAAUCCAGCACAAACGGGCGGAAUGGCUAGUUUUAUGAAUAUGGCAGGUAUGUCCGGAAUGAGUGGAGUAGGCAACAUGGCUGGAAUGAGUGAUAUGGCGCGUAUCGCUGCAAUGAUGGCCGGAAAUGCAGGAUCAAACUCGGGUGGCGGUACUGGUACCAGUGGAACAGGUAACUCAGGAAUGGGAUGUUUCCAUAAUGGGCAGUGGUAUCGUCCAGGUGCAGAUAUUGAAAACUUAAGAGACUAUGGACGUUGUCAUGGAAGUUAUUGUAGUUUCAAUUCUGAAAUAGUCCAUUGGAAUGAUCGUUGUACUGCGACAGUUCCACCUCCAACACCAGGAGGGGGUAUGGGAGGUCAGUUUGGCUACAUGGAUCAGAUGGGCAUGGCCGGCCAGGGAGGAAUGGGAGGAAUGUCACAGCUAGCCAUGGGUGGAGAAGGUUUUGGUAUGGGUGGGGGAGGCAUGGGGAUGUCGCAGAUGGCAUUAGGUGGAGAAGGAGGAAUGAGUAUGUCACAAAUGGCAUUGGGCGGAGAAGGUGGCAUGGGCAUGGGUGGUGGCGGCAUGGGUAUGUCACAGAUGGCAUUGGGCGGAGAAGGUUUAGGUAUGAGUGGGGAAGGGGGAAUGGGUAUGGGCAUGGCUGGACAGGGUGGCAUGGGACUUCGGACACAAGGGGGUUUAUCAAUGAGACAGCUUCAACAAUUGGAUCUUAUAUAAAUGUAGGCACAAUAAUAAGAAGGUUAAAAGAUAGACUUAAAGACACUCUACCUCAAUAUUUCGACGCGUUCCAAAAUGGCGACUUGCAUUGUAGCAACAUGCUUUGGUAAAUCAGAGGGGUUUGUGAACCAAAGUUCCAUAACAAGAGAUCCAGAAAAGUUCAAUAACUGAAUGUGAUAUUAUUGGUCUUAUCCUUACCAUAGAGGUAGUUUUUUUUAUCAAAACUAAAUUGAAGCAAUUUGUCGAAAGAGAAAUGCAAUGGAAAACAAUUCAAGGAAACCUUAAAUCUAUUAUCCGUAUUGAUGCAAUAUGCACCCAAUGUUAUUCAUUGAAAGUUUUUAUGAAAACGUUUCAGUUGAUU